CAUUUAGUUGGACUUUUGACUUUGGCUAAGGUGUAAGCUCUUGUAUUGGAUGCCCUUCUUUCUAUGAAGUUUGUUGAUGUUUUAGUGCUUUUUUUCCCUCUCUGUGCCGCCUGAGUAACAAGCAGCGUGAGCGGAUAAUGUCCCUCUGUGGUUUUUACAAUAAAGACCUCUGUGUUUUGUUGGGGGUUUUUUCUGCAAUGUGUGGACGUUGGCCCUCAUCAGGCAGGCUGCUUCUCACAGGAAGUGGCUGGAUUACGCAGCUUUAAUCCCAUUAGGAUGCCAUGUGAGGCCAGGGGAAUACAAAGAAUGGAAAAGCACAAUCUCAGGUGGAACGUACACCCAUUUUGUUUUCUUUCUCAAUGGCGUGUCAAAGGUCACUUUGUUUUUUUUUUGAGGCAGCCAAAGAGAGAAUGAUUAACUGGACUGUCAAGCAGGGAGUGUGUGUCUUUGACAGGCGGUGACGGCCCGGAUGGCGGUGAGCAUCUGACCAUGACACGGAUGAUGUGCAAGAACACAGGACGCGACAAGGGUCUAUCAAAUAUGUUGUUUCUUUGUUUUUGCAAUGCAACCUGCUGCUGAUGGGACUUUCGGCAGGCAAACAUGUUAAAGUCUUCAGGAAACUGAGACAGAAGCAGGAUCAACAUCAUCAGAAACAGUAGUUGUCUUCAUCUCAUCAGCAGCAGCAGUGAGGAAGCAAAGCAACGUGAAUAAUAACACACAAGUUCGCCAUGGCGUCGGCAGCUCUCGAGCUAAUGGGCUUCUUCCUGGGCCUGGUGGGGAUGCUGGGCACCCUUGUGGCCACGGUGCUCCCCUACUGGCAGAUUUCUGCACACAUCGGUUCCAACAUCGUGACGGCAGUGGCCAGCAUGAAGGGCCUGUGGAUGGAAUGCGUCUACCAGAGCACGGGGGCCUUCCAGUGCGAGACCUACAACUCCAUCUUGGCGCUGACGGCCGACCUGCAGGCGUCGCGCGCCCUCAUGGUCAUCUCCUUGGUGCUGUCUAUGCUGGGGGUCGUCAUCUCAACUUUGGGGAUGCAGUGCACCGUCUGCCUUGAGGACUCGGGGGCGGCAAAGAGUCGAGUGGCGGGGGCCGGGGGGUGCCUCUUCCUCAUCGCGGGCUUCCUGGCACUCAUCCCCCUGUCAUGGACCACACAUGAGGUGAUCCAGACCUUCUACAGUCCAACCAUGCCCACCAGUAUGAAGUUUGAGCUGGGUGAGAGCCUCUACCUGGGACUGGCCUCGGCGCUGCUCUCCAUGCUAGGGGGCGGCAUGCUGAGCACCUCCUGCUGCGAGGAGCAGGAGAGUGGCCGCAGGAGGAGGGGCGGUGGCUACCCUUACCCCGUUGGGGGCGGCGCCACGCUGGCCACUGGAAUGCACAACAACUCGCAAGCCUCCCGGAAUCCCACUCUGCAGAUGGGGGGCCUGAGUGCAGCCAGUAGGGCCCAGGCGCUAGUCCGAAGUGGCAGCGGAAGCUCGCACAGUGCUCGUGGAGCUCACAUGGCCAAGAAACCCACAGCUGCAGGGUAUGAUGUCACAGGAUACGUUUGAGAACAUCAGGAAAUUUGUCUUCUUGGCUAGGGCUGCACCCCAACCCCACCCAAAAGUGACUAUUUGAAAAAUUUGAUUGAAAAAUUUUGAGGCUGUAUGCUUUGUGUAAUAAAUACAUUUUGGCCUCUUUGAAGAGCAUUACUAGAGUGUCCCGUUUGACACAUCUACAUUGCGUGGGUGUUCCUGCUUGAGCAAAUGCCCUGUUGUGUAGAUUAUUUCUAGUCUUUUCUAUUUUCUAUUAUUCAAAUCUAUUAUGUUAUCAUUAAUGGCUGGCAGGAGGAGCGAUUGCGUUAUGUGUUGUGCAUGCGCUCGUGUGUGAACAAGAGUACACUUAGGCUUUGACUUUGUAGAUUAUUUUUAGUCCUUUCUAUUUCUAUUGUAAAAGAAGGGAAACGUCACCUCAAAAGUGUGUCAUAUCAAGAUGAAGAUGCUGAUUAGCGUGGUUAUUGCACAGGUGUGCCUUAGGUCUCCAAAGGCUAAGUGUUAGAGAAUUUGCCAGUACUUCCAGCUGGCCUCACAAACGCAGACCACAUGUGACAACACCAGCCCAGGACCUCCACAUCCAAGAUGGUCUGAGACCAACGACCCGGACAGCUGUUGCAACAAUCGCUUUGCAUAGCCAAAGAAGUUCUGCACCAUCUGUCAGAAGGCGUUUCAGGGAAGGUCAUCCGUUUGUGCUCAUCAUCUUCAUUCGGGGUCUCCACCUGACUGCAGGUCGUCCUAACAACUUUAGUGAGCACAUUCAAUCGCAUCUGGCGCUUUGGACAGUUGUUGUCUUCACAGAUGAAUCCUGGUUUUCACCGUUACAGGGCACAUGACAGACAGCGUGUGUGGUGUCAUGAAGAUCAGUGAUCCCCAACCCCCGGGCCGCGGCCCGGUACCGGGCUGUGGAUCAUUUGGUACCGGGCCGCACAGAAGGAAAAAACAAUUUUCAUUAUUUCAUUUUUUGUUUUAUUUUGAAAAGUGUCCGGAUUCUCUCUGUUACAUCCGUCUCACUUGACACAUGUCCAUUGUGCGUGUGCUAACUUUCUCUCAUGCCGCACAGAUAGACUACUACUGUAUUUUUACCAUUUUUCUUUCACCUCAUAUUUGGUGUCAAAUGCUGAUACUAUGUGGGAAUGCAUAAAGGUAAGUUUUGAUGACUUAUUGAGUGCUAAUGUGCACAUUUGUCUCAAGUUAAUUCAUGCUAGCGAUGUAAUAAUCUCUCUGGAAAAACUUGGCUGGGACUUGAACUGGUGGAUGGUGGGUCAGCAUUCAUUUUGUGCUUUUAAUUUGAUGUUAUUCAUGUCUUAGUUUUACACAAUACAUAAUAAAUACAUAAUAAAUAAGAUAAGUUUGAUCGCUACAAUGUACGAACCCACACCCCCACCCCCGGUGCGCGGGAGAUUUGUCGGAACACAAGCCGGUCCGUGGGUCAAAAAAGGUUGGGGACCACUGAUGUAGAUGACUGGUUUGCUGGUAUCAGUGUCGUGGAUGGAGUGGUCCAUGGAGGGGGUGGGGUGACGGCAUGAGCACGGGUAUGUUAUGGAUAUGGAAUGUUAAGCAUCCCAGGAUGUGCACGGCCAGCAUACACACCAUACAUGUUACCCAUUGAGCAGGCUGGGGAUGAUGUGGAUCGUGUAUACAGUACAUGAGGGAAAUGGCACCCCCCCGUCCCAUCCUGUGGUCAGCAUCAAAUCAUGCUGUCUAUCAGCAUCUUCAUAUUCCACACCUGUGAGUUGGAUGACUUAGGAAUGCUCACUAAGACAGAUUUGAGAGAGACAGGCCUUCUGUGGUGCGUAAAAGUUUUACAUCCUGACUUAGCCCACGAAAAAUGGGAGCAAAACCCACAGUGAUGCGUUUACAUUUUUGUUGAGUGUACACCUGUAUGUUGUGUGUGCGUGCAGGUGCUCGUGUGUUAGUGAGUGCUCUGUGGGCUUUGUCCCUGUGUAUUGUUUCAAGUCUUUCUAUGACGCAAGUUGGUGGUUAUUCUUAAUAACUGACGGGGGGAGUGAUAACAUUGCGUCACCGAUGCCAUGUCUGUUGCGUAUUCACACGUUUGUGCUUGGGCAAACGUACCUGCGCUCAUAUUGACUGCAAGGCUUUGUUCACUUCCUGUACUCCAAAUGUACUCUUUGCCAGUUACAUAACAAUGUGAUAAAGUUGGAGUCACGGUAAAUAAAUUAGUCAUGAUAAAUAAUAAUAAAUAAAUAUAUAACAAUAAGUGAUGAAAAGGUUGACAAAAACAUACUUGGGUAAUGAGUAGAGUACAGAUGAUGUACUCACAAAAAUCAAAUCAAAUAAAAAAAUAUAGAGUUAGUAGUGCCAAUCAAAAACUGGGCAAUGACCUUUUAAAAGGAUAAAAAUCCAAGUUUAAAGAGUAGCGGGUGACAUACAAACCCUUAAAAGGAAGAGACUGCAAAUCCUGAACUGAAGGCAAAUACAAACAGAAGAAAAGCAAACAAAACCCAAUCGACCCGGACAUGUGUUGACUGAACGAGACCGUGUUGGACCGACUAGUAACUACGUGAUAUUCAUCCUACAUUGUAUCAAACUCUGUUAGAGUCAACUCAUGAUCUGGAAUCAUGAACCGUAAACUAAACUCCACAAAUUCCAAGAAGUGAAGUCAAAAGGAGACCAGACGUGAGGAACAACACAAACCUAAAAACAAUGCCAUCUAGUGUACAAAAGAAUAACUACACGACAAGGCGACCUGGUGGGUGUCAAACUAAUACAGUAGUCAGUGGAUCACAGACAUGUUGUUGAUGGGGCAGCUAGUCAGAAGGGAAUUUUAAAGAUGUUUAAUGCGCUACAAUAUGCUUAAAAAUCAUGUUCAGUGUAAAAACACAUAAAUGCCCCACAGGAAAUCAUACUAUCAAACUUUUGAAAAAUGAUUAAAACGCCCUGUGACUUCCUGGACCAUGUUUUGUUUCCCUUUAUUUCCUCGUUACAGGCUCUUAUUUUUAGGCCUGCUGGCACACAUGCCAGAAUUUGUGGACCCCAGAGCAGAGACAAAUAGGAGUGAUGCAAAAUAAAGACAAACACCAUAAUGCUCAACAACUUACAGGGAAUCAGUCGGCUCGGCAGAAAGGAAUAAAGACAACCAAGAAUAACUGCAGCAAAAUGUGGCAGGAGUUGCACAACACUGGCGAGAUUAGGCAACAAUCUGGCAACAAGUCAGUUCCUCAGCAAGGCUUAAGAAGGCCUAAUUGCUCAUUAGCUGCAGGUGUGCUGGUCAGGGCAGGUGGGAGGAGUCCUCUGCAGGACUGCACAGACACAGCAGACCAAAACAGAGUGCAAAUCAUGACACCUAUUUUGCUAUACUUCCUGUAUGUACAAUGACAUGUAUGUCAAUACCUGACAGCCAUGAACAGCAGUUCUGAAAAUUUGUAUGCAGCUUCUAUGCAGUGUAAUAUAAAGAUUUUUUUUACUGUACAAUCUGUUCUUUUAAACCACAAUUGGUAACACAUGCUAGCCAGUGGUGGUGUUUAUGUAUAUAUGUAUAUUUUUAUAUAAUCUUGAGCCAGUCCAUUUAACAAAUACGAGAAUAUUGUGUUACUUCAUAUUCAUGUCCAACUUUGGCCUACGGAACUGUUUGGAAAACAGCAUGGAACAG